UUAAAAAAGAACAUGGCGCUGUCCAUGAAAAUGUUUUCACUCUGUUUUCGAAGACAAAUAAGACGACAGUUUAACACGGCAUCAUCUUUCAAGUAUGAUAAGGAUGUAAGGGUUAGAUUUGCACCAAGUCCUACAGGAUUCAUGCAUUUAGGUUCCCUUAGAACGGCGUUCUACAAUUAUUUAUUUGCAAAAUCCAAAAGCGGUCGAUUUGUCGUUCGGAUUGAAGACACUGAUCAGACAAGAAUUGUUGAUGGAGCCAUAGAAAAAAUCCUAGAGACACUCCAAUGGGCUAAGAUUCAUCCAGAUGAAGGGCCUCUAAUUGGUGGAAAUUUUGGCCCCUACAUCCAGUCACAAAGAACAGACCUUUACAAUAAAUAUGUCAAUGAGCUUCUUAAGAAAGGAGCAGCAUACAAGUGUUUCUGCACCAAGCUACGUCUGAACUUGAUCAGAAAAGAUGCCAUGAAGCAUGGGGAGAUCCCAAAAUAUGACAAUAAAUGCCGACACUUGUCUGAAACUGAGAUUCAAGAAAAAAUAGCAGCAAAAACACCGUAUGUCAUCAGGUUUAAGUUAAAUACAGAAGACCAUGAGCCCUUCACUGACCUUGUCAUUGGCCAUUAUGAUGUAAACAUUGCUGAUUAUGAGGGGGACCCAGUUAUUAUGAAGAGUGAUGGAUAUCCAACCUACCAUUUUGCAAAUGUCGUUGACGACCAUUUGAUGGAAAUUACACAUGUUCUAAGGGGUCAGGAGUGGCAGGUAUCCACUCCCAAGCACCUGCUGAUGUACAAAGCCUUUGGCUGGUCUCCUCCACAAUAUGGACAUCUACCCCUCAUCAUGAACAGUGAUGGAACCAAACUCUCAAAGAGACAAGGAGAUAUCCAAAUAUCAUUCUAUCAGGAUAAAGGAUAUGCACCUGAUGCAGUACUGAAAUAUUUGACUCUUAUUGGGGGAGGGUACACUCAAACUGUUGACAACUCCAUUGAAUAUGACAGUCUGGAGGAUCUUGUUACGAAGUUUUCUGUGCAAAACAUGUCCUCUCAUUCGGGUCACAUAGGUAUAGAAAAACUGGAGCAGGUGAACAAAGUUUACCUCCAGAGGGCGCUGAACGAUGACCCUGACCUCAUAACAGAACAGGCUAUGAAAGUUCUGAGAAAGCAUUUACAAUCUAAAUACCAAGACAGAAAUUCUGGUGAUUUGUUGGACAAACAACAUGUUACAGAUAUUUUAUGUUGGGCAAUGAAAGACAGCAGAAUCUGCAAAAUCACAGAUUUAACUGAACCAGAAUGGGAGUUUUUAUGGAAAACUCCUUCAAAUUCACAGAUACAGGAACUUUGUGAAAAAUCCAGCGUUGAUAUUUGUAAAAUUUUGCAAGACUGUUACAACGUUGUUUGUCAAUUACAAGAGUUCCAAGAACACUCGCUAAAGAAAGCUCUUUCUGUGUUGGCCAAAGAAAAAGGAAUCAACAUGAAGUUAUUCAUGCAUAUUUUGAGGGUAUCUCUCUCAGGAUUACAGGCUGGCCCACCUGUUGUUGAAAUGAUGAGUAUACUGGGGAAAGAAGCCUGUCUGAGACGCCUGAAGCAUGCAGAACACUUUAUCAAUGAUGUACAAUGUGUUGACAUUAAAAGCUAAAACUCAG